AUGCCAAGUAUCAGAGCUCCAGCGACUAAGAAAGCUACAACUCUCACUGUUGCUGUAAAGUGUAGGCCAUUAACGGAGAAAGAGCGAGGUCGUGAUAUAGUACGAGUGAACAACAACAAGGAGGUGGUUAUUUUGGAUCCUGAUUUGUCAAAGGACUACCUAGAUAGGAUACAGAAUCGAACAAAAGAGAGAAGAUAUGCUUUUGAUCAUGCAUUUCCCCCAGAUUCUACAAAUUCGGAUGUGUAUGAGAGAAGUAUAUCUUCCACAAUCUCUGGAGUAGUUCAUGGCCUAAAUGCCACUGUGUUUGCAUAUGGUUCAACUGGAAGUGGAAAAACAUAUACAAUGGUAGGAACUGAAGGUGAUCCAGGCCUAAUGGUUCUCAGUCUACAUACAAUAUUCAAUUUUAUAAAAAACGAUAAGAGCUCUGAUGAAUUUGAAGUUACUUGUUCCUACCUUGAAGUCUACAAUGAGGUAAUCUAUGAUCUUCUUGAAAAAUCAUCUGGUCAUUUGGAACUCAGAGAGGAUCCAGAACAAGGGAUAAUUGUAGCUGGCCUUAGAUGCAUCAAGGUCAACUCAGCUGACAGGAUUCUUGAGCUUUUAAAUAUGGGAAACAGUAGGCGAAAAACAGACAGCACAGAUGCUAAUGAAACAUCAUCACGGUCACAUGCAGUUUUGGAAAUAACUGUGCUUAGAAAGCAGAAAAAGAAAUAUCGUAGUCAAGUCAUACGUGGUAAACUUGCACUUGUGGAUCUUGCUGGAAGUGAGCGAGCUUCUGAAACAAACAGUGGUGGACAAAAACUAAGAGAUGGUGCGAAUAUAAACCGAUCGCUUCUUGCUUUAGCAAAUUGUAUAAAUGCUUUGGGAAAACAACAGAAAAAAGGUCUUGCAUAUGUCCCUUAUCGCAACAGCAAAUUGACACGGAUUCUUAAAGUUGGAUUAAGUGGAAACUCUCAAACAGUCAUGAUUGCAACUAUAUCACCUGCAGAUAAUCAAUAUCAUCACACUAUUAAUACUCUAAAAUACGCUGAUCGAGCUAAAGAAAUUAAAACCCAUAUUCAGAAAAAUAUAGGCACGGUUGAUACACAUGUAUCGGAUUAUCAGCGUAUGAUUGACAGUCUUCAGACGGAGGUUAGUCAGUUGAAGACACAAUUAGCUGAAAAGGAAUCACAAUUAAGCACAAAACCUACUGAAAGACACGUGGAUGAUGAAUUAUCAUGGCUGAAUAUAUUAAGCCAAGAAACAAGUGAAAAUGUCCAAGAACGAAUAAAUUUACAAAAAGCUUUAUUUGAAUUAGAAGAAACCAAUCUCAGAAAUCGAACUGAAUUACAACAUCUUGAUGAUGGAAUCGCAAAACAACAGGCGAUUGAAAAUGAUGGAACAGUUGUACGGGCGUUAAUGUUAAGGCGACAACUUGUUCUUGAUAAUAUUCGUGACAAUGAUGAGACUGGUGUUAUUUACCAAAAGGAAAUUGAAGCGAAUGAGAAAAGGCGAUGUGAAUUACAGGAGAUGAUUGAUGAAGCGAUUAGUAACAAUGCGAAUAGAACCUACUUGCGUAUUCUCAGCCAAUAUCGACUUUUGGGGAUGACUAAUACGGAGCUUCAAUACGAAAUGGCAAUGAGGGAUCAAGUGAUUCACAAUCAAAGGGAAACACAAAGAAACCUAUGGAAUCUAGUGAUGGGAUUAGGGUUAGACGAGAAGCAAAUGCUUAAGCUGGCUGCUAAGCAAGGGAUAACUAUCGAAGACUGGACCACUGUCCCAUCUUCAUCACAACAAAAGAUGGGACAGGAAAGAUCCACCGGGCCUAGGCCUGGGCCCAGUGGAUACAAAGAUAUGUCUCAUACGUAUUGCAGAGAGGAGCACCAUUCGUCGUAUUACUUUACGUCGAAUGGCUCUCCUUCUGCAUAUAUGAGACUAAGUAGUAGGAGUAGUGAGAAUUGGGUUGGUCAUAGACGGUCCUCGUUUGGUGAAGAUGGGGACCACGGUUCGAACCGUGGUCCGUGUGGGUGCAACCGGUUGACCAACUGUAAGCAUAUGGUUUUGCAACCGAAUGUCUUGAAUGUAUCUGAGAUUGGUCCUUCGUAGUUGAUGUGUAUAAAUAGGACACAUUCGAUUCUUUUUUUGUAACUAACUUCAAUUCAAUGUGCUUCAUAGAUAGUAUGUGGAAUAUGUGUUUGAAAUUUGGAAAUAUGGAUAUAAAAGUACCAUUUUGGAAAACCAACAUCUAAAA